CUAAAAAAUCCAAGGUUUGUCACUAUGGACAAGAUUUGCCGUUUGCAGAGCGUGAUUUUAUCUUCAAAGUUGAAGGCGGCGCAUAGUGAUCAAUAUGCCUGUCAAAAUUGCAAGCAAUGGUAUCAAUCCUCCUAUACCAGCAAAUAGUGCACAACCUGGUGUGGUUACUAGUCAGCUGUUCAAUGGGUCCAAGUUUAAGGGCUUUCAGAAAUCAAAAGGGAAGUCCUAUGAUGUGGAGGUGAUAUUGCAGUUUGUUGAUGAAGCCAAGUCAUACUUGUGUGGCUACCUCACCAUCACUGGCUUGACAGAUGAGUAUCAUACACUCACCACAUUUUUUGAAGGUGAAAUUGUGAGUGCUGAUUACCCAUUCCUGACACGCAAGUGGGAUGCUGAUGAGGAAGUCGAUAAGAAACAUUGGGGGAAGUUCCCCUCUUUCUACCAAUACACCAAGAACUUUAAUGGUGACUCCUUUGACUAUGAAGCGCUCAAAGACAGUGAAUUUAUUUACAUGCGCUGGAAGGAGCAGUUCUUGGUGCCUGACCACACAGUGAAGAACAUCAGUGGUGCGUCAUUCGAAGGAUUUUACUACAUCUGCUUCCAACGCUCGAAGGCAAGCAUUGAAGGCUACUACUACCACCGCAACUCUGAAUGUCCGUUGCCUUGCAGGUACCAGUCUCUGAACCUGACACACGUCCCUGACCAGAGCGUCCAGAUAUUCCAGUUCAGGUGAACCCCUGCCUCUCCAGCCUCGCCUCAAUCCAGCCUUGCCUCAAACCAGCCUCGCCUCAAACCAGCCUCGCCUCAAACCAGCCUCGCUUAGCCUCAAACCAGCCUCGCCUCAGCCUCUACCCAAGAUCAGUCAAUCCUUGUCUCAAUCUCGUCUUGGUCGCACUUCAGUGGCAUCUCUCGUACCUCAGCCUCUCUAAACUUGAGGAACUUCUAAGAUUUAGCCUCACUAUCUGCAAGUAGUGAAUACUGAAGUCGUUUUUGGAUCUGGAGCUUGAACUCAACUUUAAGUGGCACGUGUGAAGAAAUCUACGUCUAUUUUUAACAGAAAUUCUAGAAUUAUCAUCGUGGUGUUUUUAUUACUUACGAAGUUGGAAGUUCCUCUCAUCUAAUGAUAAUUUACACAACAAGUAUUGAGGUAGGGAAAGAUUUCUCAAUUGGCUUUAAUUGUGAUUUUGAAUCUUUACUUGUUAAGUUAAUUUCUAUCCAUAGCGUAUGAACGUUUAAGAUAGGAUGCAACGCCGUAUCGUUUUCAUUUAUGAGUGUAGCUCGUAAAAUUCGCUUCUGCUUUAUGAGAUAACUUCCUGUGACGGUUGAUGUGGAGAUUUUUUACUAUAGAAUAAAUUAAAUUGUAAAUCAAAUUGUAGAACAGUUUGAUGCUGGAUACUUGUUAAGCUAAGCUACCGCGAGCAUAAUUAUUUAAUUUGUGACGGUAAUGUCAAGUGAAUAUUUGUGUAGUACGCUCGUCCAGGUCAAUUUUUUCUCUGACUCGCACAUGACAGGAAUUGAUGUCUCGUUUUCUCGGCUAUACUGUGUCUAAUUUCAUCAUCUUGUACUAUAUCUUCUUGUUUAUUUUCUGAAUUUCCUUGAAAGUCCAAUUUAGAGCUGUCAACUGUUUUUGAUGUUGAGGAUGUUGGUGGCUGAGGGAUGAAUUUUUUCUGCGGGUAGGUCACUUUGUGCUGAGGGAUGUAGAUCUUAUCACAGUUCUUCAUACGACUAGUGCAUGUAGAAUCUCGGACCAACCCGUUUUUCGCUUUAGGUUAAGUUCAGUUUGAUGCUCAAUCCAUGAGUGCAGUAAAGCUUUUUUUUACAGGGCUUGCUGUUCCGCUAAUUAUGGAUGAUCUCGUAUCACGACACUAGGCUUGAGUGUACCGUACUUGUCUUAAUGAAAGAUUUUAGCGCCCCGCGAUGAAGCGGCGUCGCAGGCUCGGCUGCUGGUGCGGGGACCAGGUUAUGGAACACUCGCCACCUGCUACUCAUCACCUGCCACUCAUCACCUGCCACUCAUCACUUGCCACUCAUCACCUGCCACUCAUCACCUGCCACUCAUCACCUGCCACUCAUCACCUGCCAAUCAUCACCUGCUACUCGUCACCUGCCACUCAUCACCUGCUACUCGUCACCCGACACACACCACCUGCCACUAAUCACCUGCUAAUCGUCACUCGUCACCUGCCACUUGUUACAAGCCACUCACCGCCUGCCACUCACCACCUGCCAAUUGUUACCUGCCACGCAACACCUGUCACUCAUCACCUGUCACUCAUCGCCUGCCACUCAUCAAACUCUAGCGAUGCGCGCUCGUAUUCCCGCGUGUAUUGCAAAUCUUUAUCUUUGUGUCCAGAGUCGAACACUACGCUCGACUUGCUUAAUAUUGAUCAAUCGAUGUCAACGCAGCCCGAAGAAGAAAAGUGUGAAACAGUGACCACUGUAGGAAGUAAGUUGAUGUAAACGCAUUUUUUGCUUGGACCUAACCAUAUAUCUGACUACAUUACGACGGUUGUCGAGAAGCCGUGACGCUGCUGUUUCAAAUCAAGAUAUCUGAAAAGAAGGAAUAUCAUCGGGUGAUGAAACUCGCAAACUACACCGAGAUCCAUUUAUAGGAAAUAUGUUGAAGCUUCAGCGUGAAUCAUGUCAUUGCGAUUCGCCUCAUUAUUAUGAAUAUUUUAAUUGUCAUGGUGUCGUAAAAUUGAAUUCAAAUUCAAGCAUCUAUGUUGUGAUCCACAGAUAAAUAUACAUUAAUUUUUAAUCUGUUUUUAACAGACUAACCAACUA